AUGUUCUCGUUCCGUACCGUACUUCUUCUGUUUCUCUUCGCUCUGAUAGCUAUUGUUGGAUCCACCAAUGGGGAACCGGGGUGUGAUUCAUCUCCGAGCCGGGAAGAAUUGUACGACGAACAGGCGCAACGAAGUUUGGACAAUGCGGACAAGUUUGGUAGAAUCACUCUCGACUGCGAAACUACUGGUGGAGGCAGCGGCGGAAACAGCGGUUUCGCGACGAUUAUAGAUCUGUCUGUUGGUCUCUUCGUUCUUAUUUGGGUCGCCAUUGGAAUAUGGAUUGUUUUCGUCGGAAGACAAAAGGCCAUGAACGCAGCCGCUAUGGGAGCUAAAGAGAUGGGUUAUGGAAUGGAUGAUAAGACGAAAACAGAUGACAUGAGUGCUCAGGCAGGAAAGCUUUCAAAUGGUGUCACCAAUGUUUGA